AUGGCGCAUCCGUACCCCCCGCCCCAAGCCUCCUUGACCGGCUAUCUGUCGGGUCCGAUGCAACACAUGCAGGAACCGCCGCUCUCGGCCUACUCCGUGCUGGGGACCGGACAGUAUCCGGAGAGCGUCGCGCUGUGGCACAAUCCACCCGCGCAACCUCCCCAGCCGGGCCUGCCCAUCGCCACUUCGUAUCCGCCGGCUCCGAAGCCGCCAUCGCUCCUGCAACCGCUCCCGGACCAGAAAAAACACAAACGCACCAGAAGCGGCUGCUUCACCUGCCGAUCCCGUCGCAUCAAGUGUGACGAGGCCCGUCCCGUCUGUGACAGAUGUCGAAAGGGCAAUCGCGACUGCGUCUACCCAUCCGCCUCCGCCGGCUCCGCCUCCAAAGCCGGAUCCCGCUCCGGUGUGAAACCCAAAGCUCCGCGCCCUCAGUCGCAAGGCAGCGACUCGUCCGGCCUGGUCGAACAAGAGGAGGUCCGCGCGCUAGAACCCAUUUUGGACGAGGAGGAAGAGGACGAGGACGAGGAAGAAGGGAGCGUGGGUUCGAGCGUGCGGUUAUCGCCGGGGACGGGGCCGUCGCCAGCUGCUGCCCGGUCGAAGCAGGCGCUGCCCAAGAAGCAGAGCGCGCAAUCUCUGGGGAGGCGCCCGGCAAAACAGCGCGUUGCUACCGCCACCACCGAGGGCCCGGUCUUCGGCAAGGACGCCAGCAGCUCGCCGUCGACAGAGGCGUCGUCCCGGUUCGAGUCGAUCAGCGUGCGGUCGGCGAGCAUCGGCUUGGCUGCCUACGAGUCGCCUGUGGUCCUGCCCAGUACGGCUCAUCUCGCUGAGGAUCUGCGGUUCUAUCUCUCCUUCCAUCAGGAAUGCAUGUCCUACCGACAUUACUUUUUGCGCCCGCCCAGCGAUCGGUUCGUCCACCAAAGUAUCGUGGAAUACGCCUUACGCUAUGAGCCUCUGCUGUAUGCCGUCGUGGGUUUCGCUGCGUAUCAUCAUUGUGUCCAAACCGGUCGCGGCAAGCUCUACACCUUCCUCAAAUAUUAUAAUAAAGCGUUGACGUUGUUGCGAAAGUCCUUGGGUUCCGGGGAGCCGCAUUGCGAAGCGACUUUGAUCACCGUUCUGGUGCUUACCACUUUCGAGGAAUUCAUAGGGGACUGGGUAAAUUUAAUCGACCACCACCAAGCCGCCCAUGCCUUGAUGCAGGAGCUGUUAACGCCCGAAUCCGCGUGCACCAAUCCGCUGCAUCAUCAUAUUUUCCUUUGGUAUGCCCGAUUUGAUGUCGUGGCCGGAAUUGUGGCCGGCAACGAGACGGUUUUAGGCCGGGAGUGGUACAUUGCCAAGGAGGAAUACGACGCCGAACAAGCCGCCAUGCAUCCCGACGAUGCGGGAAAACAGCUUGCGUUAGCUGCAUCGAUCAAUAGGCGGUUUGGGCUGGAAAUGGCUUCGUUGUAUGCUAAGCUAUCGCGUGGGAUGAUCCCGUUUGACCAGUUUGUCGCUCAGAAUGAUCAAUUGGAGCUGAACUUGGACCGCAUCAAGCAGAUCCUGGAUCAGUACAACAAUUCGGAGUUUGCGGUCUGGGACUACCCAAACAAGAGGCCUCUCACCGACGAGGAUAUCGUGGACCCCUACAUCCCCGGGAGACUGCAUCAAGGUCCCCUGUGGGACAUCAACAUCGCAUGGAUCGACUAUUACUCCACCAAGGCCAUGUUCAAGUACCAGUCACUUCUGUCGGUCAAGAAGUCGUCGUGGGAGGAGCUAGGUAGUCUGGCAAUAGAACAGUGCCGCUUGAUCGAGGCGAUUGAACGGUGGCCAGAAAAGGAGAGCGGGUACAUCUUUGCUUUCAAAAACAGUCUGGGGAUGGCGAGUCUAUUUUCUCCCAAGGAUGAUAAGCACGUCAUGUGGAGUCGGAGGAAGUUCGCUCUCAUGGAGCAAAACGGAUACGUGACUCCGCCCAAAUUCCGACAGGCUCUGGCCGCAGUGUGGCAGUUGCCCGAGCUGAACCACUGGUGGCUUCCGCACGAUGAGGGCUAUCCGAACAUCCUGCGCGAGGUCCGCGCGAUGACCGAGGAGCGAACGAACAACCCGCGAGAUAACUUCCGCGAGAGCGUACGCGACUUGAAGACGUUGUUCUGGAAUAUCAGCCUGGACGACACGGAGAGUGAAAACAGCCCGGUGUCGACCGGGCCGGAAGGACGGUGA